GCCUCCUCAAUCUCCGACGUGACAGCGGACUAUAUGUAGCGUUCCCCGCUGCGCCGCGCGUCCUGACGCCGCAGAGCUUUUGGCAGGAGAGUCAGAGCGGAGCUCCGUCAGCGCACAGCUUCUCGAAAUCCCUGCUAAAGCAGCUGCAGUCAUGGGGCGUCAGGAGUCAGACCACAUGUGGAAGAAGAGCACGGAAAACAUCCAGGAGAUCUUUGAUUUGAUGGAGGAGCUGGGAUCAGGGGCGUUCUCAGAGGUCUUCAUGGUCAGAGAGAGGAAGACCGGAAAGAAGUUUGCUAUGAAGUGCAUCAAGAAGAAAAAGAAGAGGGACAUCAACCUGGAAAAUGAGAUGGCAGUUCUGAGAAGAAUUAAACAUGAGAAUGUCGUUGGGCUGGAGGAUAUCUACGAAAGCCGGACCCAUUACUACCUUAUCAUGCAACUUGUUUCGGGGGGCGAGCUCUUUGACCGCAUUCUGGACCGGGGGAUGUACACAGAGAAAGAUGCCAGCAGAGUGAUCCAGCAGGUGCUGCAGGCUGUCAGCUAUCUGCACCAAAACGGCAUCGUGCAUCGCGACCUCAAGCCGGAAAACAUUCUGUACUACAGUCAGGAUGAAGACUCCAAGAUCAUGAUCAGUGACUUUGGACUGUCAAAGAUGACGGACACCGGCAUCAUGUCCACAGCCUGCGGGACCCCAGGAUACGUAGCCCCUGAAGUUCUUGCACAGAAGCCCUACAGCAAGGCAGUAGACUGCUGGUCCAUUGGAGUCAUCACCUACAUCUUGCUCUGUGGAUAUCCCCCAUUCUAUGAAGAGAGCGAGACGAAACUCUUUUCCAAGAUCAUGAAGGCGCAGUACGAGUUUGACUCGCCUUUCUGGGAUGACAUAUCUGAAUCUGCGAAGGAUUUCAUACGGAACAUGAUGCAGAAGACCCCUAGCAUGCGGUACAGCACAGAACAAGCACUCAGACAUCCUUGGAUUAUUGGGAAGACCGCCCGCAGCAACGACAUCUACUAUUCUGUCAGCACCCAGAUCCAGAAGAACUUUGCCCAGACCAAAUGGAAGCAAGCCUAUAAUGCAGCUGUUGCCAUCAACCACAUGAAGAAGCUGAAGCUGGCUCACACAGAGCUGCCUCUGAGGCAGACCAGCAUCCCUGACAUCAAAGUCAUUGAUGUGUCCUCCCCCACGAAAAACCGCAAACACCUGGGCCUGGACAGGCCGGAGCCCAGGGCCGCUGAGGUGGUCGAGAAAGGGAAGCACCACAUGUCUCUGCCCACGAGCCACGUCGACCUGAAGAGCCACGUCCAUCCACUGCAGGCCAGCCAGAGCCAAAGCGACACACACCACGCACCCUCCAUGGCUGAGCAGGGAAAGCAUGCAUACCACUCAGAGCCGGCCAACCUCAACGGGUACACCAAGAAUCACAGCGGGAAACCUCUGCAAACUGGAGUUUGUGCCGUCAUGUAAAAAAGGAAGAAAAACAAAAAGCAUUUUACGUGGUCAGUGCUGCUACUGCUGCUUUGUGUCAGCCCCUGGUCUAAACCCACAGGAAGAGGCGGCGGACCCUCCAGUGGACCCAGCAGUCGACAGGAUUUAUGUGCCUACGAAACCUCCCAACCAACACAUACAGUCAUUUAUUCAACCGAAACUCUCACUUCCAAACGUAUUCUGUGUUUUUGGAAGAGUUAUGACGGGCUCACCUGCUGCUGGGAAUGGGGUAAAGGGGGGGACCCUGAGCUCUCUUCUUUAAAAAGCUUUAAAUCAAGUUUUCUAUGUUAUAUUAUGUUUUUAUUUAUUUUUAAUCAUAACUCAGAGUGUUGGAGUUAUUCAAGCAUUUUGCACUUUAUUUUUUAGUCAUUUGGAUAAAAAGACAAAGAAUUAAAAACUUUAUUUGCACCUUAUUUUUUUAGAAUAUUGCAGAAAAGAAAUAUUAAAAAAAUAAAUAAAACUAUUGUUCUUCAACUGAUUUUAAAGUGUUACGAUGAGGCCAAUUAGUGCUUUACAUAAAAACCAUGCGUCUGCUGUGAAUAAGCAACCGUGUGUGAUUUUAGCAGAUGCUAACAUUUUUUUUCUUUGUUUGAACUGAUGCAAGAUACAAAUGCCAGGCUUUCAAUGUGAAGUGUAUUUUAACUGGACAGAAAUACAUAUUGUUUUUGUGUGCUGGAAGUGAAACACAAAGCGUUUGUCCCCUCCCCAGCUGUGGCAGCUUUGUGUUGAGGCAUGAACAGAUAUUGCUUUUAUGGAUGCAGAUAUUCUGUGUGUCUAGAAAUAAAGUUUAAGUAAAUCUGAA